GCUCACCACACACAGCAUUGCACCUCCUCCUACCCACCCCUCUCCAUCCCGUUCCAUCUCGCAGCGCCCACGAUGCUGUCGAGAGCUGCUCGUCCCGCCCUCCAGGCUGGCUCGGCGGCCGCCUUCCGCCCGGCAGUCGUCGCCCUCCCCACCCUCCAAAAUGCCAACUACGCCACCCUGCGCGAGAUCGAGGGCCGUCUCAAGUCCAUCAAGAACAUCUCCAAGAUCACCAAGACGAUGAAGAUCGUGGCCAGCACCAAGCUCACCCGCGCGCAGAGGGCCAUGGAGGCCGCGAAGAAAUACGGCGCCACUUCGCAGCAGGUCUUUGACGAGGCCGAGACCAAGGAGGCGGAAGACAGCAAUGAGAAGACGCUGCUCGUCGUCUGCAGCUCCGACAAGGGCCUGUGUGGUGGUGUGCACAGUGGUUUGUCCCGUGCCGCGAGGAAAAUGCUCAACGAGAAGCCCAACGACUACGACAUCGUGGUCCUGGGGGAGAAGUGCAAGGCGCAGCUCAGCAGGAGCAACGCCAAGCAGAUUGUCUUGAGCUUCUCGGGCAUUGGCAAGAACGUGCCGACCUUUGCCGAUGCGGGCGCCAUUGCCGACCAGAUCUCCCUGCUCCCUACCGAAUACAAGAACACCAAGGUCUUGUACAACAAGUUCAUCAACGCGCAAUCCUACCAGCCCAUUGCCAUUGAUGCUUACAAUGAGGAGACCAUCAGCCAAUCUCCCAACUUUGCCCAGUUUGAGAUUGACGAUGAAGUGCUGGUCAAUCUCAGGGAAUACGCGCUCGCCAACGACCUCUUCUGGGCCCUCGCCGAGGGACACGCCGUGGAGCAGUCCGCCCGUCGCAAUGCCAUGGACAACGCGUCCAAGAACGCCGACGAGAUGAUUGACAAGUUCCAAAUCUUGUACAACCGAACCCGACAGUCUGUCAUUACUGGCGAAUUGGUGGAGAUUAUUACUGGUGCCGCCGCCAGCGAGGACCAGUAGAGUGGAGGGUGUUGAAUGAGGUGCAGGUGUACAUGUAGAUAAGGUAGUGAGGCAGAAUCUCAUUUGUUAGAACAAAGCUCCUUUGCUUGUGCCAAUAGAUGUAGGCCGUCAUGUCCAAGGCUGUUCGAAGAUGCU